UCAUUGAACCAUUCAUCUUUCAUUUUCUUCUUCUGAUAAUUAUCACACCGUGAGUUCUCUUUUUAGACAUCCAUGGCAUCUUCUUCCUCUUUUGCGAGUAAUUCACAGUAUCGUCCUCGAUGGAAGUAUGUUGUGUUUCUAAGUUUUAGAGGUGAGGAUACUCGUAAAACAUUUACGGGUCACUUGUAUAAAGGUUUGAAAAACCGGGGAAUAUUCACCUUUCUAGAUGAUAAAAGGAUGGAGGAUGGUGAUUCAAUUCCAGAAGAACUCCUUAAAGCAAUCGAAGUGUCUCAAUUUGCAGUCGUUGUUUUUUCAAAGAAUUUUGCUACAUCGAGGUGGUGCUUGAAUGAACUAGUGAAGAUCAUGGAAUGCAAUAAACAAGAAAAUGGACAAACAGUCAUACCGAUCUUCUAUGAUGUGGAUCCAUCACAUGUUCGAAAUCAAAGUGGGGACUUCGGAAAAGCAUUUGCCAAAUAUGAACUAAAGUAUAAGGGUGAUGCUGAGGGGAUGCAGAAGGUGCAACGAUGGAGAACUGCCCUAACUGCUGCCGCAAAUCUAAAAGGACGUGAUAUCCGUGGCAGGAAUGAAUCAGAGGAAAUUCAGCAGAUCGUCGACCAAAUCUCUUCCAAACUAUGCAAGAGUGGUUAUUCUUUAUCUUCUUUGCAAGAUGUUGUGGGAAUAAAGGCUCAUUUAAAGAAACUAAAAUCCCUACUUCAGGUAGAAAUAAAUGAUGUUCGGAUGGUAGGGAUCUGGGGAAUAGGAGGAGUAGGUAAAACGACAAUAGCAAGAGCCAUCUUUGAUACUCUGUCUUAUCGAUUCAAAGCUGCUUGUUUUCUUGCAGAUGUUAAAGAAAAGGCAAAAGGGAAUCAAUUGCAUUCUUUACAAAAUAUCCUUCUAUCUGAACUGUUGAGGAAAAAACAUGAUUACGUCUAUAAUAAGUUAGAUGGGAAGUGUAUGAUUCCGGAAAGACUUUGUUCUAUGAAGGUGCUAAUUGUGCUUGAUGACAUAGAUCAUAUUGAUCAUUUGGAGUAUUUGGCAGGCGAUCUUCGUUGGUUUGGUGAUGGCAGCAGAGUUGUGAUAACAACCAGAAACAGACAAUUGAUAGAGAAUGAUGAUGCAAUAUAUGAAGUGUCUACACUACCUGAUGAUGAAGCUAUGCUGUUGUUCAAUCAACAUGCUUUCAAAAAUAAAAUCCCACAUGAGAGUUUUAAGAUGAUGUCGUUGGAGGUCUUGAGUCAUGCUAAAGGCCUUCCUUUGGCCCUCAAGGUGUGGGGUUCUUUGUUGCAUAGGAAAGACGUAACUCAAUGGCGAAGAAUUGUAGAUAAAAUAAAGGAGAAGUGGACAUCAGAAAUUGUUGAAAAACUCAAAAUAAGUUAUGAUGGUUUAGAGCCCGAAGAACAAAUGAUGUUCCUGGAUAUGGCAUGUUUCUUCAGAGGAUAUCUUAAACUUCAUGUCCUAAGAAUACUCGACAGCUAUAAUAUUGGAGCUGAAUGCGGAUUGGAUGUCCUAAUUGAUAAAUCUCUUGUGUUCAUCUCUGGAGAUGAUAGGCUUGAAAUGCAUGAUUUGAUUGAAGAUAUGGGUAGAUAUGUGGUAAAAAUGCAGAAAGAUUUGGGAGAACCUAGCAGAAUACGGGACGUUGAAGAUUUCGAAGAGGUUAUGCUGGAAAAUACAGAGUCAAAAGCAAUCAAAUCAAUCUGGCUGCAACAUGGCAGAGUUAAAAAACUACACUUUAGCAAAGAAGUCAUGAAAAAUAUGACAAGGCUUAAACUAUUAUACAUCAACAAAUUUGAUACACUUGAUGCCAUUGAGUACCUGCCCAACAGCUUGGCUUGGAUUCAGAUUUUUGGAUAUCCUUGGGAAGCAUUGCCAAAAAAAUUUGAACCUAAAAGUCUUGUUCAUCUUGAUCUCUACCAAGGUUCGCCACGUCGUUUAUGUUUUGAAACAAAGCAUUUCCCAUGUCUACGAAGGCUAGUUCUCAGCGACUCACAAAACCUGAUGCAAACACCAGAUUUCAGUGGAAUGCCAAAUUUGGAGCAUUUGGAUUUGUGGUCAUGCAAGAGUCUUAAAGAGGUUCACCAUUCCCUGGGAAAUUGCAGAAAACUCAGCCACUUACAUUUGCUUAAUUGUUCAAGCCUUGAGAGGUUUCCAUGUGUUUGUGGGGAAUCUCUUGUAUAUCUCAAUCUGAAGUUUUGCUCUAGUUUGGAGAUAUUUCCAGAAAUAAAACGCUCUUCCAUUCAGUACCUAACUCAAGGAGAGCUCCAUUUGUGUCAUAUGAAAAAUCUUGUAGCUCUUCCAAGCAGCAUUUGCAAGUUGAAAUGUUUGGUGAAGCUGGAUGUGUCCUACUGCUUUAAAUUAGAAAGCUUGCCAGAAGAGAUAGAUGAUUUAGAAAACUUGGAGGAGCUUGAUACUACAUGUACUCUAAUUUCAAAACCUCCAUCUUCCAUCGUCCGCUUGAACAAGCUUAAAGUCUUGAGUUUUGCAAUAAGAAUAUCAGCAGAACGAAUGUUAUUUGUGUUCCCUCGGGUGAAUGAAGGGUUACAGUCCUUGGAAACUCUGGAUCUCAGUUACUGCAAUCUAAUAGAUGGAGAACUUCCGGAUGACAUUGGAUGCUUAUCCUCUUUGAAAGAGUUGAAUCUCAGUGGAAAUAAUUUCGAGCAUUUGCCUCGAAGCAUAGCCCAACUUGGUGCUCUUCGGUGCUUGGACUUAUCAGAUUGCGAGAGGCUUACACAGCUGCCAGAAUUUCCAGUUCUAUUAGAUACAAUAAAAGCAGACUGGACAGAUUAUCGGAUCUGCAAUUCGUUAUUUCAGAAUCUCUCAUUACUGCAGCAUGACAUCUCUGCUUCAGAUUCCUUGUCACUAAGAGUGAUUACAGAUUGGCAGUCGCAUCAGAUAUCCAUGCCAAGGUUUCCAUACCGGGGAAUUGAUGGGGUACCAGUCAAUUUGCCUAAGAAUUGGUACAUACAUGAUAGCUUCUUGGGAUUUGCUGUAUGUUGCAUUGGCAGAUUAACUGACAACACAGCUCACUUGAUUCCCUUAUCUGAUGGUGGGAUGUCGUGUAUCACCCGGAAACUUGUCUUAUCCAACCAUUCAAAAUAUUCUCUAGAACGUAAGGGUAUUCAUUUUUUCUUGAUACCUUUUGCUGGUUUAUGGGAUAUAUCUAAGGCAAAUGGAAAAACACCAAAUGACUAUAGGCACAUCAUGUUCUCUUCCUCCGAAAAAAAUAAGUAUGAAUUUCGUUUGUUGUAUAAAGAUGAACAUUGCCCUGGGACAAGAAGGAGCAGAUUUGAUGAUAGUGAACACCAUGAUGAAGCCAGUUGCUCCUCUUCUAAGAAACAAAGGUCACAUUUCAGCAACAAGUAGAUGCACUUUGCAGCAACAUCAACUGCCAGGAAUAAUAGAGCUCAUCGAUGGGUGAUUUACAUUGCAUCUUGUCUCCAUUUAUGCUGGAUUAACCAAGGUAAGUUAAAUACUAACAACAAGUUUGCCUUGUUUUUUUCUAGUUGAUAGUGAAAUUGUGCUCUCGCCUAUUAGCUAUAUUCUUCUGAUUAUUUCUUCUUUCCCCUAUUAAGGAGCUCAUUCAUGGGUUAUUUGCAUGUCGUCAAUGAGUUUUUCUGUAACACCCUGUACUUUUGGGCUAGAAUUUAGGCCAUCGUUCCUACGCAUAUAAACCCGAACUAAAUUAUACUUUGUUAACAUAUGUGUGGUGAUCACUCCUAUAGUGUGGAAAAACCUUUGGAUAUGAAUUGAAGUCAUAAAAAUCCCCUAACUCAAAGACGAGUUGAAAACAAUUCCAUCGAUUAAGUUUGUGGACACUUCAACUUGGAUCAACUUUCGUCGAGCAUAACUUCUGUUAUAUAACAAACUGGGUGGACUUCUAUAUAUCAAAUUAAAGGUAUUUGAGUCUUCUUUCCAACACAACUGAUUUCGUCCAAAUCCAACAUCGGAGUAAAAAGUUAUGCCCAAUUUACUUCAACAUGUCGGUCUGUCAACUGAGGGACUGCUGCGCUUUUAUUGUUUCCUUAGGGGUAUUUUAGUCUUUUUCACUCAACCCCAAUCCGUCCAAACACCUGAUUUAAGCCUCUUACAAGCAUUUUAUGCUUAUAUUCAUCAAAAUUCCUCUCAACCAAAAUUCAAGCUCAAGAAUUCAAGCCUCUAAAUUCAAGAUUUCCAAGAAACUGAUUAAGAUUCGGAUUCCAUUCUUCUAACUACAAAAUCUAAGGUCUGAGGCUCAAUCUAGAGGUCCGACUAAGUAGUAGAGAUUUCAGAGAAAAGAGAUUGUGCAAUGCAGAUGAAUCCUUCAAUGCCAUUUCCUUUGUUCUCAUUUUCUUGUCGAAAGCUACCUUGGAAACUUACAAUUGAAAGAACAAUGGAGAGAGAUGUGCAUUGGUUUUUGGACUUUUGGAGGGAGGUGAUUCGAUAGGAUAUGGAGCAGUUACAGUUUAUCGAGGACAUUACCCUUGAUAGGAAGGUGUGGAGAAUGCAUAUAAGGGUAGAAGGGUAGUUGGAAGGUGUGCUUUAAUUUGUUUUUGUUGUCCGUACUAAUAGUCGGCGUGCUAUGCUUGUGGUUUCUUGUUCUUGGAGUUUUGAUGAUGUUUAUUGUUUUGGGUAGAUUGAGGAUAGUAUUAUUUGGUGGUAGUCUGGUUAUAGUCAUUAUCUGCUGUUGUACUACUACUUAUUGCUUCUUUUCUCAUACUAAUGGUGGACACGUACGUUGCACGUGAGUCCGGUAAGCAGUACC